GACCAUUCGUUACAAAGGCACUCACCACGCAAGGCAAAUGUAGAGAAAUAAUGUUCACAUGCAAACAUCAGAAAACGUUAAGCAGACGUAUGAGUGAUUUUCGAAUGGUCAACAAGUUUCAAAAUGGCGGAAGAGGGUCCACGUGUUUUACAGGAUUAUAACGAAAACGAUGGAUCCGAUGUAGAAAAUAAUGAGAGAAUUUCGGAAAUCUCGUCGGAAGGUGAAACUAUAGAUGAUGUUACGAAAGAAAAAAUCUCGGGAACGAAGAAGAAAAAACGUGGUAUCAUAUAUUUGUCUACAAUACCCAAAUACAUGAAUGUCACAAAAAUUCGGGAAAUAUUUUCUGCAUACGGCGAAUUAGGACGAGUAUACCUACAACUAGCAGAACAGGAAUUAAAUGAAAAGAAAAAGCUCAAGAAGAAGAAGAAAACACCUUCUAAGCAUUUCACCGAAGGUUGGGUUGAGUUUGAAAGCAAAAAGCGGGCAAAAUAUGUUGCUGCUACCUUGAACAAUACACAGAUUUCAACCAGAAAAAAAAGCAAGUUCUAUGACAUGAUGUGGAAUAUAAAGUAUCUUCCAAGAUUUAAGUGGGUUCAUCUUUGCGAGCGAUUGGCUUAUGAACGUGCUGUACAUAAGCAAAGAUUACGUGCAGAGAUCGCACAGGCUAAACGAGAAGUGAAUUUCUUCUCUUACAAUGUUGACAGGAGUAAAAAAUUACGCAAGAAACAAGAACAAGGUGAAACAACGGACUUCAAAUUACCAAAGAUAAAACAGAGAGAAACUGAUAUGGAAAUACGACGAAAGAAGAACGAACCAUUAAAUAACGACAGGACAGAAUUAUUACAAUCUUUGUAUAAGUAAUGUAAAUAACUGUUUGCUAUUAUUGAUACCUUUUAGGAGUAAAGUUUUGUAUUAUACUUGAGAUAUGUACAUAUAAUACCGAAUGUUCAUACAAAUUCUUAGCAAAUACAGUAUUGCAGUGAAAUAUAUAACAAAACUUAGAUUAGA